AUGAAUUCGCCCUCUGAUGACGGCCAGUAUACAGACUCUGACAAGGAAGACGGAGCUGUUGAUAAUGAUAGAAAAAGCCUGGAGAGUGGUACUUCUGAUCAGCUACUCAUUUCUGGUAACAGUUCAAAUCCCAGCAGUCAGAGGAUAGAAAGCGAAAAUAACGCUAACGAACAUUUAUCAGCUUCUUCGAGUGAUGCUGAAAGUGAGGAAGCACGAUUGCGUCAGAAACUGCUAGAAAGGCGUAAUGUCUUAAAUAGUUCUUCAAAUUCGAAACGUGAAGUAAUCGAAGUGGAACAUGGUACCACGUCAUCAGUUUCUGUUACAAUCAGUAAUAUGGCACGGAACUUAACGCCGAUGCUUUCUAUUUCUCCUAAAGUGAACAAAACAUCGAAACUGGAGUCGGGUUUGCCUGCUUCAAGUGAUGACGAAGAAAUGUUUUCUGUACAACCCAAAGAUUCUGCUGCAAGACAUCGUUGUCAUUCUGCUCGAUCACACGGAUACAAGGCACGUGAUCGUGGAGCUCGAAGUGAAAAGAUCAGGAAAUCAGACAAAGUAAAGGACGAUAAGUAUCGUCACAAAGAAAGGAAACAUGAAAAACACGUUCAUGGAGAUUAUGCUAAGCGGGGCUACGAGUCACGUGAAGUGAUUUUUGUGGUACGAAAGAGAAAAAUUAUCGAAUGCCAUAGUCGAAAGGCAUCAGUUUUGACUUUUCGAAAUCUAUUCAUGAGGAAGAGUAAUAAAAAAGGAAUAAAGCCUUCAAAGAGGCGGGAACUACUCAUAAGUCCUAAAAGAUCUGCUGUCAUUCCUGGAGCAGGAUUACUGAAGAGAUCUUGUUUUGGGAAACAUGAAGGAAACGAAAUGGAUUUGGUGACUGUAAGCGUUGUUGAUGGCACAGUAAAUCAUGCGGUAAGGAAGAAAUCUGAUGAGGGUACCAUAGCAGAGAAUAUUAGAACUGCAGAAACCGUUAAUCUGGAGAAUAUUUAUUUUUUUUUUCUAGUCACUCCAAUGAGUGCAUCGAGGUAUUCAAAGUUUGAUAGUGAUCCCGAAGAUGAAAAAGCAGAAGACAAAGAAGCAAAAUCUCCUGUUUCGAAGGAUGUUGUUGACGAAAUUAUGGAUAAUGCUUCAGGUACCUCAGAUGGUUCUAAUCUUUCUGAUUGCUCUGAACUGCUCCAUCUAUUACGUUUUAGUAAUUUAGGUUCAGAAAGUGAUGUGAUUCUACGUAAUUCAGACGACGAUAGCUUGAUUGAUCCUGGUUUUAAAGAGGACCAAAUAGCUACUUUAUCUCCAGAAACACGCUUUAGAGUCGAAGAAGAAUGGCAAAGAAGACUAGUUGCAAAGUUACCCGUUUAUUAUCCGGGUAUCAGCGGAUGCCGAAAUGUUGCCGAGUUUGAGUGCUUAAAUCGCAUUGAAGAAGGCACUUUUGGCGUUGUCUAUCGGGCUAAAGAAAAGAAAACAGAUGAAAUUGUUGCUCUUAAACGUUUAAAAAUGGAAAAAGAAAAAGAGGGAUUCCCGAUUACUUCGCUUCGGGAAAUUAAUAUGCUCCUGAAAGCUGGAAACCAUCCAAAUAUUGUUAAUGUUCGGGAAAUUGUAAUUGGUUCAAAUAUGGACAAAAUCUAUCUAGUGAUGGAAUAUGUGGAACAUGAUAUGAAAAGUCUUAUGGAUGCAAUGCACUCGCGUGGGAAACGCUUCAGGACAGGCGAAGUGAAAACUUUAUUGCACCAAUUACUUUCUGGUGUUGCUCAUAUGCAUGAUGAAUGGAUUCUGCAUCGUGACUUGAAGACAUCGAACCUUCUUCUGUCUCAUAAAGGAGUUUUGAAGAUUGGAGAUUUCGGACUUUCGCGUGAAUUUGGCGAUCCUCUUAAGCCAUACACACCAGUUGUUGUUACACUCUGGUACAGAGCUCCUGAAUUGUUAUUAGGUGUAAAGGAAUAUUCUACAGCUGUUGAUAUAUGGUCUUGUGGUUGCAUAUUUGCUGAAUUCCUGAAGCUGAAACCAUUGUUUCCUGGAAAAGGCGAAAUCGAUCAGAUCAAUAAGAUUUUCGUUGAACUUGGAACUCCUGACGACAGUGUAUGGCCUGGAUUUAGCAGUCUUCCGGGUCCAAAAAAAACUGUUUUUGAUCGUUUUGAGCCGGGAGAAUUAGACAAAAAGUUUCCGGCAAAUUUAAUUGAUGAGAUGGGAUUGGAAUUCAUUAAACAAUUACUUAUGUACGACCCAAGUAAACGAAUUUCUGCUCAUGAAGCAUUACGUCAUCAUUGGUUUCAGCAUUACCCACAUCCUACGCCCCCAGAGAUGUUUCCUACCUGGCCUGCAAAGAGUGAAUUAGGAAAAUCAGUGACCAAAACAUCGAUUAAAAAACCGUCUUCAUCUAAUGAUGUGCAGAAUGCUAAACUGUAUAAAGAAUUCAAAAUGGGAGUGAAAAAAGAAGUAUCUACGAGUUUUGCGCUGAAGUUCGAUGUAGCCCCAAAAUUUACCAAGAAGACCAAUAUAGGGUAA